AUGGUUUCCCGGCGACUGGCUUUGCACUUUAACCAGGCUCUGCGUAGCCGCGCAGCCUUGAAUGCCGUUCAACCUUUGAAGAGAGGCUUCGCAACCCCCGUUACCGUUCCCACUGCCACCCAAUCGACAACCCUCUCAAAUGGCUUAACGAUUGCGACUGAGUACUCGCCGUGGGCCCAGACAUCGACGGUUGGCGUGUGGAUUGAUGCGGGAAGCCGGGCAGAAACCAAUGCGACGAAUGGAACCGCACACUUCCUCGAGCAUCUUGCAUUCAAGGGCACCAACAAGCGAUCGCAACAUCAAUUGGAACUUGAAAUUGAGAACAUGGGCGCACACCUCAAUGCCUAUACCUCGCGAGAAAAUACUGUCUACUACGCUAAAUCUUUUAACGCCGAUGUUCCCAAGGCCGUCGAUAUCCUAUCGGAUAUUCUCCAAAACUCGAAACUAGAGACUGCCGCUAUUGAGAGGGAACGGGAUGUCAUUCUUCGGGAGCAAGAGGAGGUUGAUAAGCAACUCGAAGAGGUUGUGUUUGACCAUUUGCAUGCGACCGCUUUCCAGAAUCAGCCACUUGGACGGACCAUCCUUGGGCCCAAGGAAAACAUCAAAAGCAUCAACCGUGAUAAUUUGGUGGAUUAUAUCAAGACAAAUUACACAGCUGACCGCAUGGUCCUUGUCGGUGCUGGUGGGAUUCCCCAUGAUCAACUUGUAAAACUGGCGGAACAACAGUUUGGUUCUCUCCCUAGCCAGCCUCCUAGCUCUGCUGCUUCCGCCGUCGCCGCUGAGCAGAAGCGCACACCCGACUUCAUCGGUUCCGAAGUUCGCCUCCGUGAUGACACUAUCCCUACUGCAAACAUUGCUCUGGCUGUCGAGGGAGUCAGUUGGAAGGACGACGACUAUUUCACCGCUCUGAUUACCCAAGCCAUUGUUGGUAACUGGGACCGUGCUAUGGGUAACUCCCCUUUCCUUGGAAGCAAACUGAGCCACUUCGUCGGCCACCACAACCUGGCCAAUAGCUUCAUGAGCUUCUCCACCAGCUACAGCGACACUGGUCUGUGGGGUAUCUACCUCGUCUCCGAGAAUCUCACUCAACUCGACGAUCUUAUCCACUUCACCCUCCGCGAAUGGUCUCGCUUGUCAUUUAGCGUGACCGAAGCUGAAGUAGAGCGUGCGAAGGCCCAAUUGAGAGCUUCUGUCCUGCUGUCUCUUGACGGCACCACUGCCGUCGCUGAAGACAUCGGACGACAAAUCGUCACCAGCGGUCGCCGCCUAAGCCCGGAGGAUGUGGAGCGUGUGAUCUCCGGAAUCACUGAGAAGGAUGUCAUGAGCUUCGCCCAGCGGAAACUAUGGGAUAAAGAUAUUGCCAUCAGUGCUGUGGGCAGCAUUGAGGGUAUGCUCGACUACCAACGAAUCAGAGCAGAUAUGAGCCGGAACUUUUCAUAG